AUGCGACUAUCUUCCAAGAGUGUUUGGACCACGUAUAUUUACUCCGACCGUGCCCAGUUUCUCGCUAGAUGUCCACCAUUGAAUUUGAAACCUGUCAAUGGUUUAUCGGGGGAAAAGUGGCGAGGAUCAACGGAUGCAGCCUGUGGAAGUGGUUCCAUUCGCAGAAAACCCAUAUGCCGAAUCACAUUUGAAACUUUAACUAGUACGGUCUCUCCAUCAAGUACUAUUGAAAUCAGUCAAUCCAUCACGACGGCCCCACUUAUCCAAAGGGAUCUUUUGGCUUUCUUACACGCAAUGCAGGCGCCGGGUAUAUGUCAAAUUGAAAGAUGGUUUCGCUCGCUGUCAGUCAAUCGCAACAUAUCGUGGAACAAUGGCAGAGUCAUGGUCAGACGUUCAAAGAGGAUCGCCUGGCCCUCGAGCCUCCGAGGAUACAGUUUGUCGUUACAUCGACGUUUUUCCCGGACACCUUUGACGGUCCAUGAGAGGCACAAUGGGCUAUCCUCUAGACUUCAGGCGUGA